GUUCCUAUCUGGACCUGAGGUCUGUAAGCUCAAUGAGUCAGCUCGUCAGGACUGUCAAUUUGCCUCACCCCAGAGAAGGCCUAUGCCAGGCCAGAGGGCAAAAUUGAUUUGUUUGCUCAGGGCAAAGGGAAAGGAAAUCAUUUACGCUGAGGAGGGAGAUUGUCCCCUGGGAUCUCAAUCUAGGAGGACCGGCCUGGAGCUCCAAUGCCACCUCUUACAGAGGAAUCCACUGAGGCCACCACAGUCGAUCUAGGAAAAAUAUUUACCCUACAGAGGACAGAAGUGAGGGGUAAUAUCUGUGUUACACAAAGUGCUUUUAUAAUGGACAAAAAGGGGAUGAACAGACAUUAGAAGAAUGGGCCAAAGUGAGGGAGGCAGUCCACUGAAACAAACUCAUGCAAAAAUGUUCAAGUUCACUGCAGCCAGGGAAAUGAGAGAAACAAGGAGAUGGCCCUCUACGUCCUCGGGUCUGGGGUCAUUCUGGGAAAGGGUGCUCUCUUCACACACAGUUGGUGGGAUGCAAAGGUUACAACAGCACUGGGGGAAAGGGAUGCAAACAUGCCCGGACCCAACCCCACCACUUCGUGCAGUCAGACUCACAGAAAUACCACCCCGGACGCACACGCACAUCCACGGCAGCAAGACGCUGAAGUCAGAGUGAACGCCCUUCAGCAGGACAGUGUGGGAUCCUCCCAGGAAGGCCACACAACCAGUACAGACACUGAAUUAGCAGCAUCCCUGGGGAGGCAGGGAGGGAGGCACAGGGGCUAGGAAUAAGAACUCUGGGGCCAGAGUUCAAUAUCUUGCUUUUGCAACUUGAGCAUGUGCUUUGACUCCUUUGUGCCUCGGUUUCUUCUCUUGUGAAACAAGGAUGAUGAUAAUACUAGUACCUGUUCCAUAGGGUUGUGAUGAGGACUAAAUGAGCAACUGUGUCAAAAGUAUUUACAGCAGUCUAUGAAUCGAGGGAGGUGUUAGUUUGCUAAUUUUCUUAGAAGGAUCCCUAUAAGCUUAUUUUUGAGUAAGAAAGUUAAGAUGCAGAAACUAUUCCAUAGCUGUAGUUCUCAGAAAAAAAAAAAAGCCAAAAAAAAAAGCAGAAAAUAUUGUUACCUACAUCAACAAGACCCUGUGGGUGUCUAGAUGUGCAAUUUCAUGAGCAUAGAAAACUAUGGGACAUAUACGUGGCCUUCCACAAGGAUUAUCAAAGGAGGAAGUGUGUGUGUGUGUGUGUGUGUGUGUGUGUGUGUAUCGGGGGUAAGCAGAAGAAAAAUAUUUAAAGCUUUGUAUGAUUAUGUUUACACAGUAUUAAACUAUAUACAUGCACAUGGGUAGAGAAAGUUUCAAUUACCAAAAAAGAAGGAAACCAAAAGAGGAAAGAACCGUCUCUCCCACCAGGCCGGGGGCGGGGCCCAGCAGUGUGAAGAGCAGAAGUGCAGCCAAUAACAGAAUCUUCCCAAAACAUCACUUGCUUAUUCUGAAGUCAAAUAAUCCGUGAUAAAUAUUUACUGCCAAUGCAGGGAAGACGGAGGGAGGACAGCGGUACCGACUUCAGUCAUUUUCAGGAUUGCCUUUUAUCCGAGGGAUUUUCCCCAGUGGGCUGUUUGCGGCUGUCAGGGCCAAGAAGGUAAUAGAUGGAGAAAAGCUCCAAAAAUUCCAGAAAAAUGGGCGUUCUCCUCGCCCGUAGGUGGGAAAGAUUACUCUCCCAGCCCCCAGCUCCCACCCUGCUCAAUGGCCCUCAAAUCCAUUCUCCACACUGCAGCAGCCGCGGGAGUUUCCUAAGUGCAGAUCCGAUCAUGUAUCCCUCCUUGAAACCAUUCAUUGUCAUCCUAAUUUAAUCAAAUUCCUUAUGUGGCUACAAGGUCCUGCUGGAUCUGGCAUCCUGGCACUCCGGAGCAACUAGACCCAACCAGGUGGCCGUGCAGUUCCUUCGGGUGCCCUGUUCCCGGACACCUCUCCCCGCACCGCCACCUCGCUGACGCCCCCAUCCCGCAGGCCUCAGUCCCGGUGUCGCUUUUUCCAAGAAGCCUUCCCAGGCUCCUCGGCCUCGGUUAGGGGUCCCAGGAGUGUAGAUGCCUGGGCUUUGGCUGCAGACUUCUGAGAGCAGAGGCCAAACCCUCGCUGUUUGCAGUCUCCGCGUUGACUUGGAACUUUUCUGGGCCGGGAUGUGGUGACCUCCGCCAGGAGUCCGCCGGCUCAGUCAUUUGAUGCCGGCUCGGAGCUGGUUUGGCCUGAAGCGGAGGCCGAGGGCCGCUGGCUGGGACUGGCUAUUUCGGGUCAUGCGGACGGGUCCUCGGGAGGAUGGUGACGACAGGAGUGGGUGACCAAGGCAGAGGACGGCGCCAGGAGCGUGCCCCGCACAAACGUGGGCCCGCGGCCUGCCCCGCACAAGGAUGGCGCGCGCGGCGGGGGCGCGCAGGGGAGCAGGACGCCGUCCUGGGCGCAGCUGGUUGGCGGAGCGCGGGGGGCGCGUCGGGGCGGAGCGAGACGGGCGGGCUGGGGCGAGCCAGGACCCGCCCCGGCCGAGGGCGCUGCGAUCCGCCCCGGGACUAUGUCGCAGGCGGCGAGUCACCUGCGCGCGGCUCUGUCCCUGGCAGCGGUUUCUGCGCGCGGCGCAACGACCCGCGGCGCGGCGAGGCGGAGGUUGAGCGCGCGGCCGGUGCCGCAGGAGCCCAGCAUGGAGUAUCAGGAUGCGGUGCGCAUGCUCAACACCCUGCAGACCAAUGCUGGCUACCUGGAACAGGUGAAGCGCCAACGGGGCGACCCCCAGACACAGCUUGAAGCCAUGGAGCUGUACCUGGCACGGAGUGGGUUGCAGGUGGAGGACUUGGACCGGCUGAACAUCAUCCAUGUCACUGGGACCAAGGGGAAGGGCUCCACAUGUGCCUUCACUGAAUGUAUCCUCCGAAGCUAUGGCCUGAAGACGGGAUUCUUUAGCUCUCCCCACCUGGUGCAGGUGCGCGAACGGAUCCGCAUCAAUGGGCAGCCCAUCAGCCCCGAGCUCUUCACCAAACACUUCUGGCGCCUCUACCACCGUCUGGAGGAGACCAAGGACAGCAGCCGUGUCUCCAUGCCCCCCUACUUCCGCUUCCUCACGCUCAUGGCCUUCCACGUCUUCCUCCAAGAGAAGGUGGACCUGGCGGUGGUGGAAGUGGGCAUCGGCGGGGCUUAUGACUGCACCAAUAUCAUCAGGAAGCCUGUGGUGUGUGGAGUCUCCUCUCUUGGCAUCGACCACACCAGCCUUCUGGGGGACACAUUGGAGAAGAUUGCAUGGCAGAAAGGGGGCAUCUUUAAGCAAGGUGUCCCUGCCUUUACUGUGCUCCAGCCGGAAGGUCCCCUGGCAGUGCUGCGGGAUCGAGCGCAGCAGAUCUCAUGUCCUCUCUACUUGUGCCCACCACUGGAAGCCCUGGAGGAAGGGGGGCCGCCGCUGACGCUGGGCUUGGAGGGAGAGCACCAGCGGUCCAAUGCUGCUUUGGCCUUGCAGCUGGCCCACUGCUGGCUGCGGCAGCAGGACCACCAGGGCACUGGGGAGCUGAAGGCACCCAGGCCGAGCCUCCUGUGUCAGCUACCCCUGGCACCGACAUUCCAGCCCACAUCCCACAUGCGGCUUGGGCUUCGGAACACGGAAUGGCCGGGCCGGACGCAGAUGCUGCGGCGCGGGCCCCUCACCUGGUACCUGGACGGCGCGCACACGUCCAGCAGCGUGCAGGCCUGCGUGCGCUGGUUCCGCCAGGCGCUGCAGGGCCGCCAGAGGCUGAACGCGGGGCCUGAGGUGCGUGUCUUGCUCUUCAACUCCACUGGCGACCGGGACUCCGCCGCCCUGCUGAAGCUGCUGCAGCCCUGCCAGUUUGACUAUGCUGUCUUCUGCCCCAACCUGACAGAGGUGUCAUCCACAGGCAGUGCAGACCAGCAGAACUUCACAGUGACACUGGACCAGGUGCUGCUCCGCUGCCUCGAACACCAACAGCACUGGAACCGCCUGGAUGAGGAGCAGGCCAGCCCAGACCUCUGGGGCACCCCCAGCCUGGAGCCUGGUGGGCCGGCGUCUCUGCUGCUGGUGCCUCGCCCACCCCACAGCUGCAGCGCCAGCUCCCUCGUCUUCAGCUGCAUCUCCCACGCCUUGCAGUGGAUCAGUCAGGGCCGGGACCCUGUCUUUCAGCCACCCCGUCCCCCAAGGGGCCUCUUUGCCCACCCCGUGGCAGCGAGCGGGGCCAGCAUACUCCAAGAGGCUGUUGCCAUCCACGUGCUGGUCACGGGCAGCCUGCACCUGGUGGGUGGUGUCUUGAAGCUGCUGGAACCCUCCUUGUCCCAGUAGCCAAGGACGAGGGGUUGGAUUGGGAGCCUCCACUGCGUUCUCUCCUGCCCUGCGUUCUCUCCAUGAACUCACGUCCUAGGUGCCUUUUGUUUUCUGAUUCUGUCUAGAGUGGCCCAGGGCCCCAGGCUCUGGAUGGCAGAAUAGAGGGCCGGCGGGUGGGAGGCUAGGAGAGGAUGUCCUCUGUCUUUGAGGCUCUGUGCCUUGGCUUCUCCUUCCUCCUGGCCGAGACAGCGGGGGACUUCCCAAGUCUCUCACUGCCAGAGGAGGCCUGGCCGCCCUGCUGCCUCCCCUCCCGCCCUGCCGCCUCCUGGCUCGGGCCCAGCUUAUUGUGUGAGCUGCCUGGCCAGGCCUAGGGCCCUGCCGGGUGCCGGGCAAUAGAUUCCUCCUCCCAGUGCCUUCCGGGAAAGGUGACGGCCCCUGCUUGGGGCACUCUAGGGACAGAGGGUGGCUGGAAUGGAUUAAAGCUUUAAACUUUUUUAAAAAAA